AGAACGGCAAUUUUUUUUGGCCAGAAAAACGCGUUACUUCUUCCCAUCAAACGUCCGGGAAAGUCUACGCCACCGUUUUUUCUGUUUAGGGUUCCGACGGACAAAGAAAGUGAGCUGAUGCGUAGCACCAGCAAUUCAUCUCAAAGAGAGAGCUUCUUCUAGUUCUUCUAAAAUGGAAAACGCAGAACCAGAAGAGCCACAGAAGAAGAGGCCUCAUUUGGACCAUGUCGAGACGGCUCGUAACUCCACCUUUCAAAUUAACAACAAAUCGGGCAUGGGAAAGAAAAUGUGCCCAGACUUGAGCAGGGACAUUCUAUGGGACAUACUGUUUCGAUUACCCUUUAAAAGUCUGGUGCGAUUCAAGUGUGUAUCAAAGACAUGGGAUUGUGCUAUAAACGACCCAUGGUUUGUCAAAUCUCACCACCAGAAGCAAUCUACUAAAGCCAACAAUAAGAUCGUUAUCACAAAAGGGAGAAGGCUGUUCUUAGCAGACAUCGAGUCCCUUGACGUUGAAGAAUUCAUCGAUUUUCCUUCUGAGUUGCAGCUGCAAGGUUCGUGCAAUGGCUUGAUUUGCUUGACUGAUAGAUCUGAAUCUGAAAUAAUUCUAUGGAACCUGUUGACUGAAGAUCCCAAGCACAUCAAACCAGUAUCCCUUCAACAGGAUAGAUUGAGAUAUUCCUAUCAAGGAUCUGUUUAUGGUUUUGGAUAUGACUCCAGUAAUGAUGAUUACAAGGUGGUGAGGUUUUCUACUUUUUUCUACAUAUCUAGGGGAAUCACACCAAAUGCAUGGGUUUAUAGUUUGAGAAAGAAUGCAUGGAAGGAAAUUGAAAUCCCUCCAACAUUUGAUUUUAUAAGGGCGAGAAAUGGAGUAUUUACUUGUGGUGCUCUUCAUUGGUUAGGAGAAUCCUUUUUGGAGGACCAGAAAUUUAUCUUUGCAGUUGAUCUUGAAACCGAUAUAUUUCGGAAGGUGCCACUACCAGAUUCAUUGGUUGGUUUGAGAACCUCAUUGAACAUAGGGGUGCUUGGAGGGUGUCUAAGCGUGACAAGCUUGUUGCCGCAGCAUGGCGUAUGGGUUAUGGAACAUUAUAUGUUGAAGGAAUCUUGGACUAAUUUAUUUUCGAUUUUGGCCUAUAAAAUUGCACGGCCAAUUUCUUAUUCAAGGGAUGCUAGAAAAGUCCUCUUGCAAGAGGAAGGCAAUAUGCCUUACUGGUAUGAUCUUGAAAGGCAAAAUUUCUCUCAGCUUGGGAUUUGUGGUUUAGGAUGGGGUUAUUGUGUUGUUGAAAAUUAUUUAGAAACCCUUGUCCCAGCAAGUGGUUAUGGGAGAAAUUACACUGACCUCUGAUCUGAUUUUAGCAAUGGUAGAGGCAAAGUACUGCUAAGAGUAGUUUCCAAGAAAAUUCAAUGUAGCUACUGUAUUAGACUUUAAGAUUCUAAGUUAAAGUUGUGUUUUUGAAUUUUGGGAUGAGUCAAGAGAGAUGGGGUAAAGUGCAAUCAUAUCUUAGUGGAGUUUAGUGGAAUUUAUCAGACUAAUUAUGUGUAUAACCUUUUUAUGUUAGUGCCCCUAGUGGUGGUUCAACUAGUGAAGAACUUAGAGCUCUAGCUAGAAGGUCUCAAAUUUGUACUUUUGAGUCAAGUUGGGAGGGAUUUGUGAAAAGGUGAGAGUUAUUCUUUCUUUUAUACCUCAUCAUGUAAUUACAUUGGGAAAAACUGCCUGGUAUAAUAAAAUAACCGCAUAUAGUGGCCAAUACUAAGAGGCUCCUUGAGCUUUCUAAUUUUCUGUACUUAUUUGUCAAUUCUCAUGACAAGAAAUUGGUGCAAUGUGC